AGUACGCUGCUGCGAAUGGCGGAGACACUGAGGCGAGUGCUAAACCGCGGCAGCACAGCCGGGACUGGGGAGAACACGGCUGAGUCCGGGCCGCCUUUGUUGCUGCUCGGUGCGCCAGGCUCUGGAAAAACAGCGCUGCUAUUUGCAGCGGCCCUGGAAGCAGCAGGAGAGGGUAGAGGUCCUGUCCUCUUCCUGACUCGGAGGCCUCUUCAAAGCCUGCCCCGUGGUACCGCAGGGGCACUCGACCCGCUGCGGCUCCAGAAGAUUCGCUUCCAGUACCCGCCCUCCAUGCAAGAGCUGCUGCGGCUCCUAUGCUCUGCCCAUGAGGCCGCGGGCCCGGUGCCCUCCCUCCUGCUGCUCGACGGCCUGGAGGAGUACCUAGCAGAAGAUCCGGGCUGCCAGGAGGCCGCCUACCUGGCCGCCUUGCUGCUGGACACAGCUGCCCACUUCGGCCACCGAGCCGGCCCCAGCCGGCAGUGCGGGCUCGUGGUGGCCCUGCAGGCCCAGGAGGAAGCGGACGGCGGGGAGGUCCUGCAGCGGGCGCUGCUCCAGCGCUACUUCCCUGCGCAGUGCUGGCUGCAGGCCCUCGAAGCGGGUCCGGGAAGGCGCGGCUUCCGGGUCUGGCUGCAGCCCGGCGAGCUGGGCCCCAGGGCGGAGUGGCGCAUGACUUUCCGACCGGACGGGGAGAUGACCAUCACCCCGUGGCCUCACCACACGAGGGAGCCCCAACUUUGACAAGCGUUCAAGCUCUUAGAGGUCAACCUCUCUCUGCCUCAGUUUCCCCUGGGCUGGAAUACUUCAGUCAGGGACAGGUGCAGAACCAAGACCCAAGGACUGCAGAGUGUUUUUCUUCUUAAAAGCUAGCACUGGGCUGGGGAUUUAGCUCAGUGGCAAAAGCGCCUGCCUGGCUAGCGCAAG